AUGAACAAACUCCAGAAACUUGCCCCGGUAGCUAUGCUUUCGCUGAUUAUACUCAGCACGUUCAGCCACUCAGUAUCAGCUGUUUCACAUGCAGAUUGCUGCCUCAAUUAUUCAAAGCAUCGAUUGCCACGGAAAUUAAUCUCUGGUUACUUGGAGCAAAAUUCCAAUGAAAUGUGUGAAAUAGAUGCAAUUAUACUCUAUACCAUCAGAGGAAGAGCAAUGUGUGUAGAUCCAGAUGAGCCCUGGGUGAAGAGAAUACUGUAUUUUUUGAGCAAAAAACUGAAAACCCUGUUGAAUCAUUGA